UAGUAAACUUAGAUAAAAUUCAAGUACGUUUUAUUGCAUUUGAGUAUUAAAUUUCACGGGGCGUUAAGCAUGUUCUAUGUAGGCAGUAUAAAAUAAGUAAUCAGUCGUUAGUUAAUGUUAUUAAAACAUGUUAAAAAUAAUUAUUUUUGUAAUUUUAAUUAUCAUUAAAAAUUCAAAUGAAAACUAUUAUGAACCCACCUGUAAUGAAGUUGAAAGUAAAUCAGUUGAUUUACAAUUAAGAAGGCAUUUAUUUUGCGAUUAUGAUCCAACUAUACGUCCCAUUUUAAGUGCACGCAGUACCGUAAAUGUUAAUGUUCAUUUUAUUCCUAAAUCCGUUGAUUUUGAUGAUAUUUCUUCUAAUAUGGAUUUUCAUACGUGGCUUAUACUCGAGUGGGACGACAUACAUCUUCAUUGGAAUCCAGAUGACUUUGCCGGUACUGGUUUUCAUCAUGUAAGAAGUGAUGAAAUUUGGAUGCCUGACUUCACCGUUUUUAAUUCAGGAGAUUUCAGUAUAGAUCAAAGUUAUAUACCGGUGACUGAUUGUAUUUUAUCAGCCACUGGCUCUAUUCAAUGUGCCAUUGCAAGAGUUUUUACCGCUCAUUGUCCAACUGAUUUUUCUGACUGGCCAUACGAUAUACACAAUUGCACUUUACAUUUUGGAUCUUGGCUGUUUUAUGGCGAUGACAUUAUUUAUCAAUUUGACGAAAAUGCAAUUUGGAUGCAUGAAUUUGUUCAGAGUAAUGAGUGGAAUGUAAAAAUAAGCAAGUUGACAAAAGCGUCUGAAACAUAUACUACUUCAGUAGAUUCAAUGGUAUCUUUAAGUGUCGAAAUUCAAAGACGUUCAACCAAAGGCGUUUUAAUUUACGUAACAUCAGCAAUUGUUCUUAGUAUUCUUACUUCAUUAGCUCUAUGCUUCGAUUUUAAAUCUACAGAACGGCUAACAUUAAUAAGUACGAAUUUUAUAUGUCAUAUUUUUUGUAUCUUCGAUUUACAUUGGUAUUUGCCAUCAAAAAAUUCAACUGGAUCACCAAAAAUACUUAUUUUCUACGAAGCAUCUUUGAUAAUUACUGCAUUUACAUUUAUUUUUACGUCUUUCAUGCGCAAAAUUAACGCGCUUACAGCUCCAACACCUCAAUGGAUUGUCAGUACAGUUAGUUUUAUGUAUAAUUGUCCGAUUGGUCAAUAUUUAAAAAUUAAAAGUCUCUGUAAAAAAGAGGCAAAUACUUCAAAUGACACUGAUAAUCAAACUGAGCAAUCAGAAAAUAAUAACAUUCUGUGGAUAGAAUGUGUAAAUCUACUGGAAUUGUUGGCUUUUGUUUCUGUAAUGAUGACAUAUGUCAUUUUUCUUGGACUUCUUACACCAGCUACUCAACAUAGUAUAAUAGAACAUUAUGUUUCUUAAAAACUUUGUCCAUUGCUAAUUGUUAAGUUUUUAAGUAUAUAUAUUUUAAAUCAAGUGUUCGU